UAAAGGAGAAAUCCAAGUCACAGAUAGAACAAGACGCUUACCAAAGCCCAACGAGGUUGAAGUUGCAAUUAGAGCUACUGGAAUUUGUGGUUCUGACGUACAUUUCUGGAUUGAUGGUCGAAUGGGUAAAUUCAUUGUGAAAGAACCAAUUGUUCUUGGUCAUGAGACUUGUGGAAUUGUGACAGGUGUUGGCGAAAAUUGCAAAACGUUAAAAGUUGGAGAUCAAGUAGUAAUUGAACCUGGUGUGCCUUGUUAUAUUUGUGACUACUGUAAGGGUGGAAAAUACAAUUUGUGUGAAGAUAUGAAAUUCGCAGCAACACCACCCUGUGACGGUACACUCUGUCAGUAUUACUGCUGUCUCGAAGAUUUUUGCGUUAAGUUACCUCCAACUUUUCCUUCACUUGAACAAGGAGCAUUAAUUGAGCCGUUAUCAGUUGGAAUUCAUGCGUGUAAAUUGGCUAACUUGAGAGCAGGUCAAACUGUAAUUAUAUUUGGUGCUGGGCCUGUUGGUUUGUUGUCAGGGGCUGCCGCAAGGGCUUCAGGAGCGGUCAAAAUUACGAUGAUUGACAUCGACCAAGAUCGACUAAACUUUGCCAAAAGUUAUGUUGCCGAUCGGAUCAUUUUAGGGGAGAAAACAAAUGAAAUCAGUUCUAUCGAAUAUUCUAAAAUAUUUUCACAGAAGAUGAUACACGAAUUCGGUGUUGAACAAGCUGAUGUGGUGCUUGAGUGCUCUGGUGCCGAAAGUUCGAUACAAGCCGGUAUCUAUAUGACAAAAUCAGGAGGAACCUUUGUUCAAGUAGGAAUGGGCAUGGACGACGUAAUCUUACCUUUAUCAGAUAUUGCAAUUCGCGAGAUUACAGUCAAGGGAUCAUUUAGAUACUGCAACACAUUCAAAAAAGCUGUUGAAAUGGUUGCUGCAGGGUUCAUCAAGUUGGAACCACUUAUCAUACAUGUGUUUAAAUUCGAGGAAUGCGUACGCGCAUUCGAAACAGUUAAAGAUAGAAAGGACAAAGUUAUUAAAGCAUUGAUACUUGGUCCUGAGAAAUAUUGA